UCUACACCUCCUUUUAAUUCUCAAAUAACAAGAACAAAAUGAAGUUUCUACUCUAUCUCGGCGCACUCACCGCCACGCUCCCUUCUGUUCUCGGCUCAGAAGAUACCUCACGAAAGGCCAUCCCUGCUUGUCCUCCUCGACCGGCCACUCCAGAAGAGCAGGAAAGGAUCUUCCACGCCUUUACCAACGAGUUCUAUGUUCAAAAGAACAUCCCCGAGGCAUUUGACAACUACGUUUGGAUUGAUUACAUUCAGCACAAUCCUUCUAUCGGGCAGGGUCGAGACGCCGCCGUGGCCGCCCUCUCCAAGAACCCAAAGGUCAACAACACCAUUGUACACCAAACAUUCACCAACAACACUGGUUUUGUACACCACUAUGAAUUCACUACUCCUCCAAUUAAGAUUAUGGAUGCGUAUCGAAUGAACGGAAGCUGUAUUGUAGAGCACUGGGAUGUUAUUGCAAGCCUGACUCUUGCCGAGAUUGACCCUACCCCAUUAUCAAGCUAGGUCCUAGGCACGGCAUUAGGGUAAUAUUAUGAGUGUGGGCCUAGGACGGGAUUUUCUCUUGUGUAUCGAAGGAUUUCUUUCUACCUUAUUUGGAACUCUGUAUCUACCCCUUAUUACAGGUAUCUAUAUGUUGAAUCUAUAUAUACAUGUAUAUGAUGCG